AUGAAACAAUUUAAAGAAAAUGAAGAAAUUGUUGAUUCCGAUGAUGAAAUCAAUGAAGAGGAAAUUAAUCAAGAAAAUUCCGAUGAUCAACAAGAAGAAGAUAAUGAUGAUGCAAAUGAAUUAAUGAAUCAACAAGAAGAAGAUAUUGAUGAAAUGAAUGAUGAUGAAAAAGAAUCAUCUUUAAAUUCGGAAAUGAAAAAUUCUAUUGAAAUUAAAUUAAAGAAUUUAAAUUCAACAAUUUACUUAAUUGGAGUUUGUUAUUUUCAAGUUUUACAAGGAAGUAUUAAAAUAUUGGGAAAGAAUAUUAAAAAUUCAUCAAAUAGUUAUUUAUUAAAUAGUAAUUGCAUGUAUGGAAUGAUUGCAAUUGAAAAUACAAAUCAAGAAAGUUUAAUUAAAUUUUAUAUACCAAAUAAGGAAAGUGAAGAAUAUGAUUUAUAUACAAGAUGUUAUUAUUUACAUAAAAAUUUACAAAUAUUUAAUAAUUUAAAAUUAGAAAAAUCAAAACGUAAACUUGAAUCACUUUACAUUUAUGGAAAUUCUAAUAUUCCAACACAUUUAAUUAAAUUUGAUUUUGCAAAUGAUUUUAUGAAAAGAGUUAUAAAUAGAUGUACAAGAAAAGAAUUAAGAAAAUAUGUAAUAUGUGGACAUGCCUUAUCAGGUAAAUCCUUAUUUAGUAAUUAUUUAAUGAAUGAAUUAUUAAAUUAUUAUCCAAAAGUAGCAUUUUUAAAUUUAAAUAUUAAUGUUCCUACAUUUGGAAUUAGAGGUACAUUAUCACUUUCAAUUCAUUCAAAUCCAACAUUUGGACCACUUUUUCAAAAUACUAAAAAUGAAUUAAUUUACCAAAUAUAUCAUGGUCAUUCAACAACUGAUAUUCAAAUUGAAACUUAUUUAAAACAAUCACUUGAAUUAUAUCAAAUUUAUUGUAAAAAAUAUUCAAAUAUUCCAUUAAUUAUUAAUAGUCAAUCUUUAUUACCUUCAAGUGGAUAUCAAAUUAUUUUGGAAUUACUUCAAAUUUUAAAUCAAAAUACCAAAAAUGGUAUGACAGAUUUAAUAGUAUUAAGUAAUUAUAAAAAUAUUAAUUUGAAUCCAUCACCUUCUGGAUUAAUAGAUUACAAUAAUAUUAAAAAUAAUACUAUAUUCUUUAAUAAUAUUAAUAAUAGGGAAAUUACAGGUGAAAAUACUUCAAUUGUUGAUUUGAGAAAUUUAGAAACUUUAUUUAUUAUUGGAUCGAAACAAGGUUAUAGAAAUCAUUAUUUUUCUAAAAUUAAUUUACAACACUUGUUUUAUUUUUCAUAUUGUUAUGAAAUUGAGGAAUUUAAAAGAAUUUUUGAUUUGGUUUUUACAAAAUCAUUACAGCAAACAAUUGCAUUCAAUAUUUCUAAAAAUAGUAAUAUUAGUAAUAGUAGUAAUAGUAGUAGUAAUAAUAACUCAACAACAACAAUUGCAACAACAAUGGGAAAUUCUAAAAGUAUUUAUGAAUUCUUUGCAGAACUUCCUACAAUUAAAUUAAAAUGGAAUCAAGUAAUAAUUACAUUACUAAAUACAGAUUCAAGUGAAUUAUCAAAAGGAUUAUAUUAUUUAAAUGGAUCAUUUGUUGGAGUUUAUUCAUUUAAACCUCCUAAAAAUAAUAAUGGAAUAAUUACAAAUGAAUAUCAUAACAAGUUAAUUUCCAAUCAAUCAAGUGAAUAUCCACUCAUGACCAUUAAAACAAAUCAAGAAUUAAAAACUCAAUUGAAAUGUAUUGGAUUAGUUAAGAAAGUAUGUCCCUAUGAAAAGGUUAUUUAUUUGUCCAUUCCAAAUAAUUAUGAACAUGAUGAAAUUCAUCAUUUAACAGUUGGAAGUUGUGUAUUUGAUUUUAAUCCAGAAGAUUAUUGUAAACAAACAAUGAAUCAACCAUAUUUUCAAUCAAAAUCAAUGACUGUGGAUAAAGGAGAUGUUUUACAAAAUGCUCACAAAUUGAAAUUACAAAAACAAAUGCAACAACAUUACAAAAAUUAG